CGAAUCCGGUGAGUGGAAGAUGACGUGGUGAAGUCAGUUAGCAUGGAGGCUAGCUGAAUAUCUCGACACACACACAUAUAUAUAUUUAUAUAUACACACACACUCGGUUAUAACUCACAGAGUUAAAACAAAAUCAGAACACAACAUUAGUGGAAGAUGAAAGCUGCGGAAGUGUCUGUGGACCGGAAGUCGUUAAAGCGCUCGUGAAACGAUGGAUAUGAGUUUGUGUUAGUUGGAGUUUUUCCAGAAGAGUAACAGACGAGUGAUGAGCUCCGUGUGUCCUGCGUGUGACGUCACGUCAGCGGUAUAAAGCCUGUGCGCUUCACCAUGUUCGCCAAGCUGAAGAAGAAGAUCGCGGAGGAGGCGGCGACGGCCACGCCCCGCCCCGGACGCCUGCCCCGCUCCUACAGCAAAGAGUCCAUCACCUCAGUGGGAGCCGACUCAGGAGACGACUUUGCGUCGGAUGGCAGCAGCUCCAGAGACGACCUCUCCUCUCAGAUCCUGCGCCGAAACGAUCAGAUCCGAAAACUGGAGGCCAAACUGUCAGACUACGCUGAACAGCUUCGGCUAAUGCAGAAGACGAAGGAGAAGCUUGAGAUUGCAUUAGAGAAGCAUCAGGAUUCGUCUAUGCGGAAACUGCAGGAGCAGAAUGAAAGCUUCCAGGCCAACAGAGCCAAGAUGGCCGAAGGCAUGGCCUUAGCGCUGGAGAAGAAGGAUCAGGAGUGGACGGAGAAGAUGGCCGCUUUGGAGAAGGAGAAGUCCUCGUUAGAAGCGCGUCUGGACCAGAGUCUGAGUCUGUUCCAGAAGAGAGACGAUCUGGACGAGCUCGAGGGCUUCCAGAUGCAGGAACUGGCCAAAGUCAAGCACAUGCUAUUGCGUAAGGAGGAGCAGCUGAGUCAGAGGGAGCGAGAGCUGAAGCUGCGAGGAGAGGAGCUGAACACGGCCCGUCUCACGCUCGCUCACACUCAGGAUAAACUGUACGAGCUCGGGGAGGAGCACGAGGAAACCCUCAGCAUCAACGCGCAGCUACGAGCCCACAGAGACAAGCUCCUGAGUGAGAAGGACGAGGCUGAGAGGAGGAUCUCCGAUCUGGAGGCCGGAGAAGAAGAGCUGCAGCGCCUCAUCCGACAAGUCUCUGAGGAUUUCCAGAAGGCUCAGAGGGCCACCAGAGCUUUACAGAAGUCCAUGGAGUCUCUACAGUCCGAGCACGACGAGCUGAAACUGCGACACGAACAGCACAAGGGCAAGGAGGAGGAGCGGGAGCGGCUGUUGGCCGGGCUGCAGGAGAAAGCUCUGUCUCUGGAGCACAGGCUGGAGGCCAACCUGUCUCAGGACGAACAUCUACAGGAGCUGUUCAAGGAGAAAUCGUUAUUGAAGGAGAAGUUAGAAGAGGCUAGAGGAGAGCUCCUGAAGGAACGAGCCAAUCACACGGCAGCAGUGAGCUCGCUGGAGGCACAGAUUUCCAGGCUGAACGCGAACGUGUCCGAGCUCCAGACGCUGCUGAGACACAAAGAUGACUCGUCCAGGUCCUACAGGGAGAGGACGGACGCGCAGAUAGCUGAUCUGGAGCAGAGGCUGAGCGACUCGGCAGAAAGGCUGAGGAGUUUGGAGGAGCAGCUGGAGAAGAAAGAGACGCACAGAGAAAAACUGCAGGUGGAGUGGGCGGAGGAAAGGGAGCGGUUACAGCAGCAGGUCUCCACGCAGAGGCAGAGAGGACUGGAGAAAACCGCCAAGCUGGAGGAGGAGAUCCUCGCCCUGCAGAGAGAGAGAGAGGCGGAGAUCAGCUUGCAUCAGGACAACGUGGUGUGUGUGUGUAAUUUACUGGAGGAGCAGAAGAACACGGUGAAGAAGCUCAGCUUAGAACUCGAGAACUCCAAAGCGGAGUUGAACAGCAGACAGACGGUGAGCGUGGAGAUCGCUAAAGCUCUGGAGGAAACCCGGAAACAGAGAGAGGAGCUCCAGCAGCAGGUCAGCAAGAUGUCCGAGUCUGCACAGAGGGCGGAGCAGGAAGUGUGUCGGCUCUCUGAGCAGGUGGGCGUGAAGGAGGCGGAGUUAAGCAGUCUGAGGGAAGAGCUGCAGGCGACCCGCUCCGGUCUGUUCUCGCUGCAGGUGGAGUGUGAGGCGUUGCGUACGGAGGCCGAGGAAAAAGACGCUCAGAUCGAAUCCCUGCGUCAGGAAAUCCUCACACACACUCAGCAAGCUGACCCCAAUCAGUCUAAGGAGUGUGAGGUAGACAGCGUGACUGCGCAGCUGCAGGAUGUGGAGGUGUGUGUGAGUGAACAGAACGGCAGCAUCACCGUGGGCGAUGUGGACGAGCUGCAGAGAGCUAACAAAGAGUUCGAGCAGCAACUCAGUGAGAAAAACAAGACGAUAAAACAGCUGCAGCAGAGACUGACCGAGCUGAAGAGGACGCUACAGAAAGAGCUGAAACUGAAGCCGGACGCCGACUCUGACACUAAGGAGAAGCUCCAGGAAGGGAAGCCCAGCUCGGAGGCCCCGGUCCCGGCCGCUGCUCCGACUCCAGCCCCCGGCUCGGUUCAAGGCCCGGGCCUCGCGGCGUACUCGUCCCAGACGAAGGUGACGAACAGCUCGGACCUGACGGACACGCGGGAGAUCAACUUCGAGUACCUCAAACACGUCGUGCUCAAAUUCAUGUCCUCUAGAGAGGCAGAGGCGUACCAGCUGAUCAGAGCCGUCUCGGUGCUGCUGCAUUUCACACGCGAAGAAGAAGACAUGCUCAAACAGAUGCUCGAGUACAAGAUGUCAUGGUUCGGCUCGAAGCCCACACCCAAAGGCAUCGUCCGGCCCUCUGUCUCAGGAACCCCGAGCAGCUGGAUGUGAGAGGAAGAGAGCAGGAACGACGUGACGCGACGCGACGCGACGUGACGUGGGCUCUCGGAGAACGUUUUUUUUUAAAUAAAUAAAUGGCUCCGGUUGCAGGUGAUCACGGAGUGGAGGGAAGUUCCAUGUGUCGGUCUCGUCCCGGAAAACAGAUGGUUCCUUCUCGUCUCGUCUCUUCUGGGGUUCUUUGACACUAUUUCUUUUUUUUUUUUUGAGAUCAACGAAUCGACCAGCUUCACGUUUUGUUUAGUUCUUUUGUUUUUGUUUGCACGCCUUUGGAGUCUUUCCUCUAAAGAUACGGCGUAAAGCAGCUACGUCUAGCUACCUGGGGGUCGUGAAAUUAAACGAAUGAAUGAAUGAAUGAAUAAAUCAAUCAGACGGGGGGCUUUUUUCCUCCUCUCAAGAGCGAAAGCUUUGCACGCUGCGUAAUCUUCGGACGUAACGAGAACGGAUUUUUCUUUUCUUCUGAUUCGUUUGCGCCAUGAAGGCUUCGAGAGGGGAAGAAAAAAAAAAAAAAACCCAGGCACGUAAGAACGUACGGCGCUUUCUAACGAAGAGAAGCGUGCAUGGACUCUGACCUCGAAGAAGCGUCUUCCCUUUACCUGCCCUCUGUGUGUGUGUGUGUGAGAAUUAAAUUACGACGAAGCACAUUCCAUACAUCUAUUUAUAUACAGAACUGUACAUAGCCAAUGUUUAUAAAUCGUCAGGUGUAAAAAAUGUAUUCAGCUCCGUUUGCGGGUUUUUUUUCUUCUUCGCAUUGAUGUAUAUCGUGAGAGCGGAGAGGCGUGUAGCGUCCGUCGAGUCGAGCGUGGCCCGGGACCCGAGUAUUAACGCGACCUUCUACUCGACUCGUGACGUUUUAACUGGAGGGGGAAUCCGUACACUCGGAUCUUUAUCUAUCCGAGAGCGGAUCGUCAGGAUUGUGGCGUUUAAGAAGUAUCUGGAUGAUAUAAUAUUUAUAAUACCAGAUCGGUAACGUAGGAACAAAGCUACAGCUGGGAAUAAAAUCUAGGGACGCACCGUUUUUGGGAUUUUCCCCGCCGUCGUUUUCAACUCAACCCUCGGAUCCAGUGGUUUCGUUUUCCUCAUCGCGAUGUCUUUUUUUUUUUUCUUUUUAAAUAAUUAAACAUUUUGCGAUACUCAAACACUUAACACGUUGAAACCUCCGAAAGUCUACGUUUCUGUCUGGGGUUUUUUUUUCUUCCUUCUAAAAAAAAUAAAAAAGUAAUUUACAUUUAUUUGCUGCUGAUUUUUUUUUUUUUUUUUUUUUAAACAUUUUUUACAUCAUUAUUAUUCAUUUUUAUUCGUCCUCCUAAAAUGAAUCACUGUCAUUCUUUAGCAGAUUAAAUUUGAUUAAAUUUGUGGUUUAUUUAAAUACUCGCGAUCUAAACCUUUCGGAAGUUCUCAGGGUUGGACGUUUUUAUUAUGAUGUUAUUUAAUAAUAAGUUCAAUGAUGAUACGAAAAUUUCAGUUAUGUACACGUCAUUAAGCAACUUUAAGAAGUUCUUUCUUCUUAAAGUUCCAAAAAAACAUCAAGGUUUAUAUGAGAUGAUUUGAACCGUAUCGCAGAUCGUCACGUCGUCUUCAAAUCACAAAAUCGUCAGAUCGAACCUUCUUUAGAAAAUUGUUUUUACAAUUAAUUACAGAUCAGUUUUAUGUUAUGUUUACGAAUCACCUCGUCUCAUCUCAUCUUUUGAUUGAAGCACUGUUGUAUCUUGUCGUAACGAUCUGAGAGGCGGGGACAAAUGCCCGGGAUCGCAAGGGCGAGGAGAGGGGGGCGGAGCAACAAAAAAAAAAACGAAAGUUGCGAUGAAAUGUUUCGAACAGCGAUUUGAACGGAAAUUUAUUCGCAAUUUAUUCACGUAGAGUGAUUUAAGAAAUCAGCGCAGGAAACGUUCCGAGAUUUUCUUCGUAAAUUUGUGCAUCAACUAUAUAUAAUACACGCACGCACGCACGCACUACGUAAAUGACGGUGAAUCCGAUCGGAGUUUCAAUCCGCAGAUCGGAUAUCGGGUACGAUCCGGUGUUUUAUGCUAACGUCGGUCCGAUAGCGCUACUCGGUAUCGGAUCGGUGCAUCCCUACAGAACUCUCUGGCGUAUUCCAGACGGGUCGGUCGGAUGGUUUUCGGGGUCCCGGUGUUGUAUUUAGAAUCGGGUGCAAUGAUGAAUUUCAUUUCAGUUGGAAGUUUGAAUAUUCCAUCUGAUCGUUAUCCAUGAAUUGGUUUUCUUUUGAAAUUUUUUCUGACUGUGUGUGUGUGUGUGUGUGCGUGUGUGCGUGCGCACGUUACCUGAGCAGGUGUGAGCAGUGUUCCUGUUUAAAGGAGAACUCAUUUCAUCAGCUUACACGCUGUUUUUCAUUUCUCUGGUUCUGGUUUGUGCUGCUGUGAUCGUAAUCCCGCUGCGUGCUCUGCUUUAAUAAAGUACCACUGCACAUCCGACUCUCGGCCGUCUGUCAACAAACUUGAAUAAAUGAUCUUUUUGAUUUUGA